AUGGACGAAACCCACCAUACCAGCGCCAGAGACGACUUCAAAAUCUGGCAACAGAACCUUAGAAAAUCGCUCAAUGCCUGGGAACAUCUGUUACAUAGUCUCAAUCCAGACGAGUAUGACCUAGCCUGCAUCCAAGAACCCUACCUCAACGCCGUCAAUCUUGCCAAUGCCUCAACUCUGGGCCGUUUCUGGGACGUCAUAUACCCCUCGAACCACCACUCCAAUGCCGAACGCUCCCAGACGAUAAUGCUUGUAAAUAAAUGGAUAUCCAAAAACAACUGGCACAUAAUACCCAUCAACUCUCUGAAUGUCAUGGCCAUAGAACUCACAGGACAAUUCGGCAAAGUACGUAUAUACAAUAUCUAUAACCCGGGUGACAGCGAUCACACCUUACAU